AUGGCAAAAGUAGGACGCCAGCUCAAAUACAACCAGGGUGCUCAAGUAGGCCAAGGACAAUUGAUAGGAUAUCCUAGUGAACAUGAGGAGCAAAACUUGCUUUCAAAUGCUAAAGUGAAGGUGGAGAUGGUAGGUCAAGUGCAGAAACAUCUAAUGAAGAUGCAGGUCAUGCUUUCUCCUUCUCCGUGA